AUCGAAUGACAGUCGACUGUUGUUGUUGUUAGUGUUUCGUUUUGUUAUUGUUUGUUGUGUGUAUAUUUGUUUUUCUUUGUUUUUUACAUUUAUCCAGGUUUAUCUGCACAUGUGGCUAUAGUUCUCCAGAGGUGCUAAGUUUGGGACUCCUACGAUGAGGCUCAUUGAACUUUAUGGUUUUAUUGCCAGCCCACCUCUUCGUGCAUCAAUGAUGACGUGUGAAGCAAUAGCCGUCAAAUACAAACUCAAGUUUCUUAAUGUUUUAAAAAUGGAUCAUCACAAACCAGAAUUCUUAAAACUAAAUCCAUUGCAUUCCAUUCCAACUAUGGUUGAUGGUGACUAUGUUCUUUUUGACAGUCAUGCCAUAUCCUCUUACCUUGUCAAUGCGUAUGGUAAUGAUGACAAGUGGUACCCCAAAGAACCCCGUCUUCGAGGAGUUGUUGAUCAACGACUGCAUUUCGACAAUGGUGUUCUUGGUCCAGCAUUCAAGAAGUUGGGAGUUCCUGUUUUGUUUGGCAAACAACCCAAUCCCAACCAUGUAAUUAGCUUGAAAGAAGCCUUACAAGACCUUGACAAACUCUUAGGUGACAGCCAAUUCAUAGCUCUUAGCUGGCCCACAAUUGCAGACUGCCAUUGUUCAUCAUCGGCCCUCAGUGCUGAGUGUGUGAUGCCCGAUAUUGUGCCACCACGAGUGUCUGCUUGGCUACGGCGCUGUGAAGAUGCACUCCCUGGUUUCCAAAAGGUUCACUCUCCUGCAGUUGAACAAUUAAAGCAAUUGUUUAGUACAGUUGACUUGAAGACAAUUUCAAAAUUGUAAUUUACAACAGAUUAACAAUUACUUUUAAACUGUUAAAAAUAAAGCAUUGGAUACAUUUCACAUAAA